AUGGAACUCCCCGAGCCUUACUUGAAUGUCAACAUUCUGCUGAAGAUCAUGCACCUUGCGGAUGCGAAUACUAUCUGCGCCUUUAUGCAAACACGCAAAGAAUUUUACAAGAUGGGGGUCGAGUAUCUCCUGCAGGAUGGCGUCUCCCUCACGACAGACGCACACAUAGAAUCCUUCGACGCCUUCAUCCUCACGGACCCAUCUUCUCGUCUUUCUCUCCUCCGUCAUCUCACCCUCGCGAGGAGCCCCAAAAAUUCCACCAACUCUAUCUGGUCCGGAUUGUUGAUCAACAAACUCUUCAGCAACCUCGCCGCGCACGGCCGCCUUCUCACCUUGACGGUGAGAUACAGCGAGGACCUCUUGUGCUCAUGGGAAGAGCUCCCCCACACGGUCGCCCGGCUUUCGACUCUUGAACAUCUCAAGAUCACCUCCGUGGGACCCCAAGGCUUUCUGAUGCUCGAGAACUUGUCCUCUUGUCUCCUCAGCGCCCAUAUCUCCGUUAACGAAGAACUCUGGGACGAGGAAGAGAGUUUUCCUGCUCUGGCCCUGUCGUCCAGUUCGCGCAAUUCCAUGCAGCGCAUGAGCCUGAGUGGGUUCUCGGGCUGCUGGCCUCCCAAGGUACCAUUUCCCAACGUCACAUCCCUUACGCUCAGGCGCGGGCGCAUCCCGCGGAUGUUGGAGCUGGUGCGGUGCUUCCCCAGCCUCCGCGAGUUACGCAUGCUCUUCGUCGACAUUCUUCCAGGCGAAUCUCUCGCGGAGGAGCGCGUUAUCAAUCAGGAGCAGCAGCGGCGUUUUGGCACAUUGACGUCUCUGCGCCGGUUCAGCGGCUCAUCUAGGGCUCUCUUCGUGCUCGCCAUCCAAUCCCACAUCCCAAGCCUGAUGUUGCACGACGAACACCCUAUUUUUCAACUCCCAAAACUCAAUGUAGCUCUACAACACGCGCGGCCGCUACAUCUAGAGCUAUCCAUGUCCACCGGCGCGUCCCUCAUCAACCUACACUACCUCUCUUUGUUUGUGGCUCCGGGGAUGGGCGAUCAUCUCUUGUCACUCUGUCUCACGCUGUAUAUUCGACCCUUCGAAAAGAACUUGGACACCAAGAAGGCAUGGGACUUCAUCGAUCGGAUUGCCGCUUCCUUGACGCAGCUCGAGUCCUUGGACAUCACCUUCGCACUCUGUUUUUCUGUGGCGACAACUAGACCAAACCUCCGCUUCGUUGAGAAGCUGACAGAAGGCUGGAACCUCGACUCCAUGGCUCAACACCUCUGCUACAACCGCUACCCGAGGCCUCCGAAGUCGGUCACGCUGUCAUUGCUAAAUCAUCGGACUCGCGGGAACCAGAAGGCGCAGGUUGGUCCGGUGCGCACACCUGAGAUUCCAUACGGAAGAGAUGUACGCGAUCUCUUGUUCCAUGAAGACGACGAGCCGUGCACAUUUAAGGUACCGCCGUGCAUUGCGGAGGCUAUGAGCAAGGUUCAGGAGAGACGGGAGCUUGCGCACCUAUGGAGCAUCAUUCGUCCCUAG